AUGCUCAACGAUCUCAAUACUGUGGCUACCGGGAUUCUGAAUAGUACUCUUCUCACGCCCGAAAAGACGACAAAGUGGCUGAAGCCCAUCAAGCAUACCGCGCAUCUUAACCACAGCGUUGGGGGGUCCACGGACUCGGGCCUGAACAUGACUCUGACUGUUGGGAUCAAUGGCGACGUCUCAAGUCUGAACAUCAUGGAGCAAAUUAGCAAUGGUGCCAAAAUCCUCGCCAACCAGGGAGCGGCCUUCAGCACAACGGGUGGCCUGCGCUUCCUACCGGUUAUUGCCGAAAGAAGCAGCAACAAGUUUGCAUAUAGAAUCCAGAACAUUGUCAGUAAGCAGGCUGCCGAUGAAGGAAUCUCCACAGGGCCUUUAAACGGGUUUCAGGCCCCGAAUUACAAUUGGCCACUCGCCGGUCCAAUGACAUAA